AUGACCAACAAGAACCCCAUUCGGCUGCCACCGCUGCGCACUCUGCGCGUUCGGCACCCCAACCGGCCCGAGCCAAACCCUUGUCUAAGAUUCAUGUCCUCAGUGCUAGCCUGUUGGGCAUCAGCCGGCCACCAGGGGCGGGGCUGCAGCACAGUUGAGCAGGCUCUUCGCGCCUGCAUGGACGCGCCGCCGCCGCCAAAGAAGCCCGGCAACACCAUCAAUUACCAUCUGGCCCGGUUCUCCAAAAAAUUGAUUUCCCAGGGCAAGAAGGGGAAAUAA